AGAAAGACCAGUAUAUGUUACACUAAAAACGUCCGUUUGGUCAUAUAGCAUGUGAUCAUUUGUAGGCCUAUUGCGCUCUAGUUGAGAACACUUACCGUGGACACCGAGUAAUAAACACCGUCGCAACACAACAUCCUUACAUGUACAGUACAUAGAUCGCCAAAAAGAAUGGUUUUCGGACGCGAGGCAGCUGUGGUAGUGAAGGGCCGCGAUGGCCGGACUGUACUCAUCCAAAGUCGGGGCAUUGACAUGCACCAAGCGGGCCAUGCGGCAUCAGAGGCAAUGACUUUGAUGCAAGCCUCUAACCAGGGAGGUGAUCCGUGGGACAUCCUGUCCAGCACCCAGGGCGCCCCAAUGAUGUGUGGCCGACUGAACGUGAUGCACAACAAGUUCGCUGUCACCUACCGAGUGGCGGGCGGGCUGGUGCUGCUGCUGGUCACACCGCCCGCCGCCAACGCGCUGGGCUGCGUGCAGCUGCUGGGGGGGCUGCUGCGGGUGGUGGGCGGCGGGGCGGGAGGGGGGGGAGGCGGCUGGGGAGGCGGCGGGGAGGGGCGGGCGGCGGCGGAGCUGGUACCGGAGCGAGUGCACAAGCGCUUUGGAGAGGUGUUCCUGGCGGUUGAGGCGCUGCUGGGCAGCUACGGCGUGCUGGACCCGCCCGCCGCCACCGCCCGCGCACUGGCCUCCCUGGACGCCAUCUUUGACAAGGCAGGGGGAGCGGACAAGGCCGCAGACAAGGCAGAUAAGGGCGGCGGCGGCAAGGCAGCGGCAGCGGCAGCCGCGGCGGCGGACAAGGGCCUGCCGGGUCCGGAGUCGCCCCGCACGCCUCCUGCCGGAGGCGGUCGCGGCCGCAGCACCCGGCGGACGCUGCAGGGUGUGAUCGACCAGCUGGCGCUGCUGGCCUUCCCCGUGGGAGGGGCCAUGCAGGGGGUGGCGCCCAGGCCGGGGUUCCAGCUGCCGGAGGGGGGGGUGGCGGCGGCGCAUCAUGCGAUGGCGGCGGCGGGGGGGAGGCCGCGGGACCCCUUUGCGCCCGUGCCACUGGCGCCCGCAGGCACCGCCCUCCCCGGUCCCUCCGCCUCCUCCGCGGAGCUGUUUGGGGAGGACGAUAUCUUUGGUCUGGGAGGAGGCGCCGCCAAGGCCGCAGCCGCCGCCAAGCAACCCACCGCAACUGCACCCGCAGCAGCAGCAGCCAAGGCCGCCCCGGCCGCGAGUGCGGAUCCCAACGACCCCUUCGCCGCCUCAGACCCCUUCGCGCCCGCACCUGCUGCUACCGCUGCUGGGGAUGCCAGCUGGACCUCCUUUGGCGGGGCUGCGGCAGCGGAUGCAGCGGGCAACAAGGCCCCGGCUGCGGCGGCGGCGGCAACUAAGACGCCAGCUGUGGGCUUCGAAGACAAUGCCUUCGGCGCUGCAGCAGACGGCUUCGGCGAC